GGCCGGAAGCGCUCGGGAGCCGGCGCGCGCGCUCUCCUGUUUCCAGGCGCCGCAGGGUUCCCGGAGCUUCGGCCCCGCCGCGUGCUCGUGCUCGCGCUCACGCUCACACUCACGCUCGUUCCCCGGUUCUCGGGCCGGGAGAGCUCGGAGGCGGUUGCGCGUGCGCUGCCCAGCUUGGUCCCCGCCCCCAGGCGCGCCGGGCUCUCGCGGCACUACCGCCAUGUGUUCGUUAGCGUCGGGCGCAGCUGGCGGCCGGGGCGCUGUGGAGGAGGAGGAGGAGGAGGAUCUGCCAGGACUGUCAGACAGCGGUGACGAGGCCGCCUGGGAGGAUGAGGAAGAUGCCGAUCUCCCCCACGACAAGCAGCAGACCCCCUGCCUGUUCUGUGACAGGUUAUUUACAUCUGCUGAAGAAACAUUUUCACACUGUAAGUCUGAGCAUCAAUUUAAUAUCGAUAACAUUGUUCAUAAACAUGGACUUGAAUUUUAUGGAUACAUUAAACUAAUAAAUUUUAUUAGACUUAAGAAUCCUACAGUAGAAUAUAUGAAUUCCAUAUACAACCCAGUGCCUUGGGAGAAAGAAGAGUAUUUAAAGCCGGUAUUAGAAGAUGACCUUUUACUUCAAUUUGAUGUAGAAGAUCUUUAUGAACCCGUGUCAGUUCCAUUCGCAUACCCCAAUGGACUCAGUGAAAAUACAUCAGUUGUUGAAAAAUUGAAACACAUGGAAGCCAGGGCACUGUCUGCUGAAGCUGCGUUAGCUGGAGCACAUGAGGAUCUGCAAAGAAUGAAACAAUUUGCUCAGGAUUUUGUGAUGAACGCAGAUGUCAGAACCUGCUCGUCAUCUACAACUGCCAUUGCAGACCUCCAGGAGGAUGAGGAUGGCGUUUAUUUCAGCUCAUACGGGCAUUAUGGGAUACAUGAAGAAAUGCUGAAGGACAAAGUACGAACAGAAAGUUACCGAGAUUUUAUAUACCAAAAUCCACAUAUCUUCAAAGAUAAGGUAGUUUUGGAUGUUGGUUGUGGAACUGGAAUUCUCUCUAUGUUUGCUGCUAAAGCUGGGGCAAAGAAGGUUCUUGGAGUUGAUCAGUCUGAAAUACUUUACCAGGCAAUGCAUAUCAUAAGACUAAAUAAACUUGAAGAUACUAUUAUGCUAAUUAAAGGAAAAAUCGAAGAAGUUCGUCUUCCUGUAGAAAAAGUGGAUGUUAUUAUAUCUGAGUGGAUGGGCUAUUUUCUUCUUUUUGAGUCCAUGUUAGAUUCUGUCCUUUAUGCAAAGAACAAAUACUUGGCAAAAGGAGGAUCGGUCUACCCUGAUAUUUGCACUAUCAGCCUUGUGGCAGUAAGUGAUAUGAAUAAACAUGCCGAUAGAAUUACUUUUUGGGAUGAUGUCUAUGGCUUCAACAUGUCCUGCAUGAAGAAAGCAGUUAUUCCAGAAGCUGUGGUGGAAGUUUUAGAUCCAAAGACUCUUAUUUCAGACCCCUGUAGUAUUAAGCAUAUAGAUUGCCAUACGACAUCUGUCUCAGAUUUGGAGUUCUCUUCAGAUUUUACCCUAAAAAUCACAAAGACAUCAUUGUGCACGGCAUUUGCUGGCUACUUCGAUAUAUAUUUUGAGAAGAAUUGCCACAACAAGGUCGUGUUCUCUACGGGCCCCCAGAGUACCAAAACACACUGGAAGCAAACAAUAUUCCUAUUGGAAAAGCCAUUUUCAGUUAAAGCAGAUUGAAGAUAUUGAGUGAACUCCAAGAAAUUGAGUGAACUCCAAGAAGGAUCAACACAAAGAAAACAACCCCAAGAUACAUCAUAAACAAAUUGCUGAUAUGCAGUGAUAAUUUAAAAAAAAAAAAAACUUUAACCAGAGAAAAAGAAAACAGAGAGAGAGGAGCAGACCAACAAUACAAAAUAUAUUAAAGUAAGCUCUUCAAGUGGAAAGAAAAUAUCACCAAAAUUUUCAAUAUUUAGAAAAUUCCA